AUGGCCCUCGAGGAGCCCGCGGUCCUCGAUCUGCUCGAGCUGGGCUGCGAGGAUCCCGCGCCCCCUUUCUUGAAGGCGUCCAGCUCCGCGGGCUCGAUGUCUGCGCUCACCCGCAGCGCUGGCAGCCUGCCUCCAUUGUCGCCGGGCGGCCGAUUGUCGCUGAGCAGCCAGGCGCACACGGACCCGCUCAGCAGCAGCCUCUGCGCCGCCUCCCCGCUGGGAGCGGGGGAGCCGCCGCGGGCGCCCCGCGCUCCGGAGUGCCAGGACGUCCCUGGGGUUCGAGGGGCUGACAGACCCGAGUGCGCGCUGCCGUUGCGGCGGCCCGCGUGCGCACCGGCAGGGUCGCCGGGGUGCCCAAGGCCGCGGUCGCUGUGGGCGGCGGAGCCUGUACCCUCGACGCCCUCUUCGCCCGCGACGGCCUCCGAGGCGGAGGCAGCGUCGACGUUCCCCUGGCCGACACGGGCCACCAUCCCGAGCGUCACGGAGGCGCCGGCCGUGGACCGAGGCCCGUCCCCGGCAGGCGACGGCGCAGACCCGCUGGGGGCCUCGCCUGCGAGGUGGUGCGAUCCCGGGAGCAGGUCCUGCAGCACGGCGGCGGAGGACGGCGGCUGUUCCUCAUUUGCGUCCGCCCUGAGUCCCAGUAUCAGCCACCUCUGGGACGAGGUGGAGAGCUGCGCCGAGCCCGCCGCCGAUCCUGCGCCCGCGAGCCCCGGGUCAGAACGAGAGUUCGACUUGAGCCUUCCAGUAAGGGCAAUCGGCGAGAUGAUGGACUCGAAUAUUCUUCACAAAGCGAUGCCGUUCGACGGUCAGAGAGCGAGCUGGAAGACGUUCAGCUUCCAGUACAGGGCCUACCUGAUCGAGGAGCUAAGCACGCAGUUGUACUUCUCCCUGGUCCUAGUCACGCACGAGGACUCGGCAGGGGAGAUGGUCGCCAGGAACCGCAGCACGGGCGAAGGAGCAGCUUGCUGGAGGCAGCUUCAGAAGGAGUACAACCCAAGCGAAGCAGGCAACGUGCUGGCGAUGUGGACCAAGCUUACGGACACGAGGUUCGAGGCAACUGACGACGUGAUGGUGAGCAUCAGCAAGCUCGACGAGGACAUGGCGAGGCACCAGAAGAUGUCGGGCGAGCCCAUGUCGGAUCUCACCAAGCGAAGAAUCCUCGCCAAGGCGCUCAAGGAUCAUGCGGAGUUGCAGACGCACGCGCUUCGGGACAGCAGUCGGCUGAACGCGUACGAGCCCUUGCGAGCCGAAGUCGUGUCAGCGCUGACGGCGGAGCGAGCGGGCCACGACGGUCCGAUGGACAUCGGCGGGUUGAAGGGCGGCAAGAAGGCGUGGAACGGCCGCGGCAAUGGCAAGGAAGCCGAGGGCAAGGAAGGGCAGCCAAACCCAGGCGCCGACCUGGAGUGCAUCCACUGCCACAAGAAAGGCCACCGAAGCGCCAACUGCCGCAAGCGGAUAGCCGACAACAAGGACACUAAGCAGCACAUAAAAGACAAGUUCAGAGAGAAGAAGAGGGUCGCGGCAGCAGCAGCAAAGGAGCUCGAGAGGAUCGACUGGAAGUACACCCUGCCCGGCUACCGCGAGUCCAUCUGCAUCUCGCGCAAGAAAUGCUCAGGGGUAACGCACGGCACCGCGAAGAGUGGUCACUGGAUCACCAACGGCGCCAUCGAGACGCCUGAAGGAGCUGAAUUCGUACGUCUACGACGUCAUCAGGCCAUCUACUACUGCGAGUACGAUCGCAUCAUAGACGUCAAGACCCAACCAGAAGCCGCGCAGGUAGCAGCAGUGAGGAAGACGCUGCCGCGGAAGGUCCCGGCUGGACAAGAAGCUGGAUCUUUGCCGAGGGUUCUCGGCCCAGAGGCGAACGAGACUACGACUGUGCCGACGAGAGUGCUGAAGUCACCCUGCCAGCCUUGUGCUGCGGAGAGGGCCGCGCGCGAAGGGCAUCGCCUGCCUUUUCGCCCUUGGCGCCCAGUGUGCGCGGAAGCUCGAGCGGAUGACGAUCCGCGCUGCGCGCUGGAGCCAGCGGGCGAGAAGCAAGUGCCGAAGGUGGUGUUCGACAUCUUCUAUGUGGGAACUGACCAGUUGGCGGCUAAUUACAAGCUUAAAGGAGUCUACUUCAGCAUGCGCGAGAAGCCGCCGGCAACGAAAGCGGAUCUCGAACAGGCGAUGGCGGUUCUGAGCGCGAUCGAUUGCAAGACCCUGGCACCAGCGACGCUGCGCGCUAACAAAGGGUUGGAUGACUACAAGGUGUCCUUCCUAAUAACUGUGCUGGAGGUCUGGGGUCGCACGACAGCGGCCCUUCAGACAGACCAGGAGCCUGCCGCAAUUGCCCUGGCGAAUGCAGUUCGAGAUCGCAGGUUGGGACGCGAGAUCAAGAUGACGGAUCCGAUCGCGCCUGGGCUCGUCAACUCGGUGGGCUGGAUGAUCGCCAGGUUCCAGCCGCGAAGCCACGGAAGUUCUUCCCACCAGAUGCUGCACGGCAAGGAGUACAGUGGGGAGAUCGCGGAGAUGGGCGAGCAGGUCUGGCAUAUGUCUCAGCCCGAGUUGCUGCUGGACGCGGCAAGACCCAUCGGACGCAGCAUGUACAUCACGGAGCGCAUGAUCGACGCUCGCGGCCCGACCGGCGACGACAGGGCAUGCAGCGCUGGAUGCGGAUCGCACUCGGGAGCUUGCCGUCAGCGAUUUGAGACCAUCCAGGCCGACCUCCUGCGCGAGAAGUUGGACCCUGUGGCCCCAGAGGCUGCGGCGGUGGUUCCAGCCCCAGCUGCGGGGGCCCCCGCGCCUGGUGAGUGCGCAUGCAGGCGCUGCCUGAUGAGCCGCACCGGCACGGUCAGGAGUCAUUUCGGAGAACCAGAAGAGGAGCAUAUCGAGCAGAUGGUUGAGGUCAGUGCCGAGUUGCACGAGCACGACCAGUGGAUCGAGGAUCUGUACCAGAAGGGUCGCGACGACGAGCUGCAGGCCAUGAACGACUAUGGAGGCUACGUGGAGGUGGCGACGUCGACGGCGACCGACGGCAAGCAUGCCGGGGGCUUCCCCAUCGCCCACGUGAAGGAAGGCCGAGUCAGGUGGAGGUUCGUAGCGACGGAGAUCAACAAGCACGAGGUGCGCGAGGACAACCACCAAUGCACGCCGCCGCUCAUGAUUGUAAGGGCGACGUUAAGCCGUGCCGCAUCGAGCCCUACUCCGACGGGAGAGCACAAGCGGAUUAUUCAGGUCUGGGACGUCAGAAAGGCUUUCUUCAACGCCGACGUCGAUGAGGCAAUCUACGUUCAUCCUGGACGUGAGCUGUGCCCUCCUGGAAGGUGCUGGUGGCUGCGGAAGGCCGUGAGCGGCACCAGUCCCAACAUCCCUGCCCUCGACGAGGACAGCACAGCGAUCUGCCACGGAGAUCACUUUCUGGUCGAAGGCUACGACGAGCAGCUGGGCGAGUUGCUGGAGCAGCAGUUCGAGGUCACAGCGAGUGCCAGAUUGGGGCCUGGAAGACCUGGGCGGACGAACUGCCUCAAGAGGAUCAUCGGGUACACCGACAAGCUGCCAGGUUCAGAAGAGCUAGGUUUCUUCUGGACAGCGGGUCCUAUGAACGUGGAUUUCAUGAUUCAGUGGGCACAGAAGCGAGGGUGCAAGCCAGCACCUACUCCAGGGGCGAAAGCUACAGGACAAGGACGACGAGACAGCUUAGACGUUCUGUUCAAGGAUCGAGCCCGGGAAGUUGCAGGUGCAGCAGGCACGGCACUCUACCUCUCGGACAGGCCCGACACGAUGUAUGCCAGAAAGACCGCGAUGCAGCACGUCUCGAACCCCAACGUUCUGAUGCAUGCGCGAGUUCAGCGGCUUGGACGGUACUAUGAAGGUCAGUUUGUGUUGGUGCGGUGUUAUCCUUUGCAGGGUACUCGUGAAGGCAUUCGCGUGGGCGGAGAUGCAGACUGGGCCCUUGCAAGUGAAUUGCAGAGACGAUCCACGAGCGGAGGAGCAGUACGGUAUGGUGAGCACACAUGGGACUGCUACUCAGUGGCGCAGAGCACCAUAGCUCUAAGUGCAGGGGAACCCGGGAUGUAUGCUACAGGCAGCGCGACUGCCAGAGGACUCCAGCGCAAUAUUUACAUGAUCGAGACCCAGAGGCCCUGCAAACUGAAGAUUUACACCGACAGCACCGCGGGGCGGGGCAUGUGCAGCAGAGCGGGCCUGGGCAAGGUCAGGCACUUGGAAUUGAGGUACUUAUGUAUUCAGGAGCGGCUGCGGCUCAAGGCGUUUGAGCUCCUGGAGGAGGACGCCAAUGAGAUGGCGGCGGGCGUGCUCACCAAGUACGGCGAGUGGUCGACGAUAGAGAAGCACUGCACCACUCUGAACCUCAUGUUCGGAAAACAGUUCAAGGGCUUGAGCGCGGUGGCAGUUUUCGCGGGAGUCGCGGCUUCUGCGCCGGGCGAGAAGUUGACGGUGUACGAGGGGCCAGGCCAGGCAGCGGUUUGCCCCGCGCCUAUACCCCAUCACGUGGAUCGCGAGGAGUUCUGGUCCAUCCUGAAGACGGGUGUCUUCGUGGUGAUCGCCGCAGUGUUUGCUUUAGGAUGCGCGUGCGGUUGCUACGCGAGGAACUACUUCAAGAAGGACCUCAUUCAGGAGGCGGUUGACCCCGCUCCCGGAGACGCCGACGUUUACCUGUCUACUCGGGCUGACACGGAGGCGAGGCACAAGCUCUUCUACGCGUUUCUCGCGGUCGAUUUGAAGCAGAUCUUGAGAGCCAAAGGCCUACGCGUGAGCGGUCUCAAAGACGACCCAGUCACGAGGCUGAUCAUGAAGGGCAACGUCCUGUCGGAUCGCCAGGCCAAGGAGGUCGAUCAGCUGAGAGCGACGGCUAGGAUGUGCGGACCGCUGGGCAGGAUCAACCCCCAGGACUUGAGUAGUCCUGGGGCCGCGCAGGAGUGGAUUGAGACGUUCAAGAGCGAGUGCCGAGAUCGCCCCGAUGGCUCGAAGCUGAUCCACUCCGAGAGCUAG